UCACUGCUGAAAUCUCUCUCCCCAAGAUUUCAUCUCCCUCUAGCAAGUCUCUCUUCUCCAAUUGCCUUGUGUUUGAAGUUGGUUCUUUGCAGCCAAUAUACCAUAGAAUGGUAAGGUGAUUCUUUUGUGUGCCUAGGGGAGUGUUUGGUGAGGAUUUGUAUGUUUCAAUUCUCCUUAAAUCAAUUUUUUUUUUCCAAUAUAGUGUUAGGGUUUCUUGCUUUGGGGUUGUAGACUAGAUUUUCGGUGGGUGUCCGUUAGCCGUCGACGUUGCGCAACUGCUUUUGGUUGCUAUUCAUCUAUAAGAGUACCCUACUGUGUUCUUGGGCUUUUUCGAUUCUAAUCAAAGUUCUAUUUAGUUUCUUUAAUUUUGUUUUCGAUUUAGUUUUUAGGUACGAUUCAACUGGAUCUAAAUUUUUGCUACACUCGAGAAUUGUUCAAUAUACUCAAAGUUGGACGAAACUCAAAAUUAUUUCAAAGAAUUAAGUAGUCGAGAAUUUGGAGAUUACGCAUUUGUGAUCCAUUAUUCGCAGAGUGUUAUCUAAACACAAGGUUAUGUUGCUUUUUCAAUCUAUUCUUAUUCAUGCAUUUUCAUUUCUCUUUUCAUAAACUAAUGGUAUUUUUAUUCAUUCAACUUUUAGCUACUAUUCGACCGGAUCUAUGUUUUUGAGAUACUCAAGAUUUUUCUUAUAUACUCGAGGUUGGACAUAAACUAAAAAUUAGUUUGGAGAAUUGACUAGUCUAGAUUCAAUUCAUUGUUGAUAUUGCCAUUCAUUAACUUUUUAGGUACUACUCAACUGUUUCUCAAUUUUCGAUACACUUGAGAUUUUUUCAAUAUAUUUGAGGUUGGAAAAAACUCAACUAAUUCCGGAGAAAUUAAGUAGUCGAGAAUUUCAAAAUUUUAAGUUUUGGAUUGUUUUCGAUCCAUUAUUUGCAGAGUGGCUUCUAAACACAAUGUUAUGUUUCUUUUUCAAUCUAUUCUUAUACAUGCAUUUUCCUUUUUGCCUUGUUCAUUGUUGGUAUUGUUAUUCAUUCAAUUCUUCAAUACGAUUCGACUAGAUCUAAGUUUUUGAUGUAAUCAAGCUUUUUUCGAUAUACUCAAGGUUGGAUAAAACCUCAAAAUUAAUUCGGAGAAUUGGGAUGGCGAGAAUUAAAAGAAUUGUUAAUAUUGUUAUUCAUUUAGUUUUUAUGUAUGAUUUAGUUGGAUUUAAGUUUUUUAUGAGGUCAAGAUAUUUUCAAUAUACUCAAGGUUGGACAAAAAUCAAAAUUAUUUCGGAUAAUUAAGUAGUCGAGAUAUUGGAGAUUUCACAUUUUAGAUCAAUUAUUUGGAGAGUAGAAUUUAAAAAUAAAGAUAUGUUUUUGUUACAAUCUAUUCUUAUACAUGUAUUUUUGUUUCUGCUUUGAUACAAUGUUGGUAUUGUUAUUCUUUCAAUUUUUAGCUACGAUUCAACCGGAUCUAAGUUUUUGAUACACUCAAGAUUUUUUUCGAUAUACUUGAGGUUGGACAAAAGCUCGAAACUAAAAAUUGCAUAAUUGAGAAAUCGAUACAUUAUUGAUAUUACCAUUCAUUUAGUUUUUUGGUACGAUUCCACUGGAUCUAAGUUUUCGGUACACUCGAGAAUUGUUCAAUAUACUCAAAGUUGGACAAAACUCAAAAUUAUUUCAGAGAAUUAAGAAGUCUAGAACUAAGAGAUUACGCAUUUGUGAUCCAUUAUUGCAGAGUGGCAUCUAAACAUAAGGUUAUGUAGCUUUUUCAAUCUAGUCUUAUUCAUGCAUUUCCAUUUCUCCUUUGAUAUACUAAUGGUAUUUUUAUUCAUUCAGCUUUUAGCUACUAAUCGACCGGAUUUAUGUUUUUUGAUAUACUCAAGAUUUUUUUUAUAUAUACUUGAGGUUUGAAAAAAAUGAAAAAUUAAUUUGGAGAAUUGACAAGUCUAGAUUCGAUUCAUUGUUGAUAUUUCCAUUCAUUUACUUUUUAGGUACGACUUAAUUGCAUCUCACUUUUCGUUACACUAGAGAUUUUUUCAAUAUACUUGAGGUUAGAUAAAACUAAAAACUAAUUCUGAAGAAUUGAGUAGUCAAGAAUUCAAAGAUUUUAUGUUUUAGAUCGUUUUAGAUCGUUUUAGAUCCAUUAUUUGCAGAGUGUCAUCUUAUGCAAUAUAUUCUUAUACAUGCAUUUUCCUUUUUGCUUUGUACAUUCUUGGUAUUGUUAUUCAUUCAAUUAUUUGCUACAAUUCGACUAGAUCUAAGUUUUUGAUGUAAUCAAGAUUUUUUUCCAUAUACUCAAGGUUGGACAAAACCUCAAAAUUAAUUCGAAGAACUGAGAUUUCGAGAAUUCAAUGCAUUGUUGAUACUGCUAUUCAUUUAGUUUUUAAGUAUGAUUCGAUUGGAUAGAAGUUUUUGAUGUAGUCAAGAUAUUUUCAAUAUACUCAAGGUUGGACAAAAAUCAAAAUUAUUUCGGAUAAUUAAGUAGUCUAGAAAUUAGAGAUUUCAUAUUUUAGAUCCAUUAUUUGGAGAGUGGAAUUUUAAAAAAAGGUUAUGUUUCUUUUACAAUCUAUUCUUAUACUUGCAUUUUUGUUUCUGCUAUGAUACAUUUUUCGUAUUGUUAUUCAUUCAAUUUCUAGCUUCGAUUCAACCGGAUCUAAGCUUUUGAUAUACUCAAGAUUUUUUUCGAUAUACUUGAGGUUGGACAAAAAGUCCAAAUUAAUUUGGAGAAUUUGCGUAAUUUAGAACUCGAUACAUUGUUGAUAUUACUAUUCAUUUAUUUUUUUGGUACGAUUCAAUUGGAUUUAAAUUUUCGAUACACUCGAGAAUUGUUAAAUAUACUCAAAGUUGGACAAAACUUUAAAUAUUUCGGAAAAUUAAGCAGUCGAGAAUUUGGAGAUCCCGCCUUUGUGAUCCAUUAUUCGCAGAGUGGCAUCUAAACACAAGUAUUCUUGAGGCAAGUUUGAAGGCAGAGAAAGACACAGCAGAUUCUCUUAUAAUUUGUUGAGAUUUCAAUUUCUACAUUAUGAAUCAACAAUGGGAAUGUACAACGGAGUUAUUGUAGUUAGAGACGAAAGAAGGGAUUCUCCGUGGAGGCAUGAGGGGAAUGGCAGAGCCAUCGUACUAAGAGAUGAGAGAAGGGAAUUGGCGUCUCCUGCACUGAGGAUUCGUAAGUUCCUCCAGUCCAAGAUAACACCGGAGAUGCUAGAGAUUCCUCCGUGGUGCGUUGGAAGGGUUAGUGCUGCUGAGAUAUGGUCGACAGGGAUGAAGUGGCCCAUCACUACCCAACACCACCCAUGCUCGAGUGGGUUGAGCCUGUGAGAGAUGUGCCAUUGCUGGAGGCGGAACCUGUAGUAACUGAAGAAACACGAAAUAAGAUAUCUGCAAUGAUCAAGCAUAUAUUUGGAAGCGGUGAUGCUCUAAUGUUUGCCUUUUUUCUUUUUUGUUUCCUUAUCAAUAAAAUCUUCAUGGGAGAAAAAAUGUACUGUUAUGAUUUCUCCAACAUGGUUGUAGAUUCUGAAAUGGAGCUUGAUGCAUACCAGGUGGAUAACGCUUGUUUCGAUAGCUUUGAAGAGGUAGAUGAUCAAGAAGGGAAAGUAACUGAAAAUGAGAGGAAAAUGUUGCAGAAGAAAAGCAGCACGGAAAGAGGUAGUCUUUGGAAGAAGAAUUCACGAAAUUUUAGAGUAUUUGAGGAAUCGAGCUCAUACUUAUUCUAGAAUUUUUGGCAAUGAGUGUACACUGUCGGAACUAGACUGCCACUACAACCAGGAUAAUUCUGAAAGCCCCUCCGAUACGGAGGCUCUCCUUGAAGAAUGCCAUGAAACUGAUGAUUUGGAAGGAGAUUCGGGGGAUAGUGUCAGCAGCAGCAGUAGCAGAGGACGAGGCCAAAACAAUUUGACAUCUCCAAGUUUCUAGAAGAAUCCUUCUCGAACCACCAUCUGGGACAAUGCAUACCAGUGAAGCUGAAGACUACCCUGCACUUCCGAAGAAGUUCAGUUUUGAAGACAAUGUCGUGCCACUGACAGAAGAGGAGCAGAGAGAAGCUGAGUUGAUGAAGGAGGUAGUCGAUUUGAUUGAUGAGUUGAACUUUAACCGCGCUAUGGUAGAAAUGGAGACGAUUACCGGCUGUGAGGCUGUUCAAGUGAAUGAGGAGGAGGAGGAGGAAGACACUCAGGAGCGCAGAUGUGCUCGAGGGCUGCAGAAGCACAGAACAGAUGCCUCGACUGCUUGCAUAUCAAUUCCAUCGGUGGGCACUUGCGACUUGCAUUUUUGGAUGAGGAAGAGAGAGAGAGAAAGUGGAGCUUCCGAGGUGAAGAGAUAUGGCGGCGGCGAAGCUGGAGAAGAGCUACUUCGAUUUGGUCGGACUUUGCUGCUCGUUGGAGAUUCCGAUGAUCGAUCGAGAAAAUUCUUGACAAGUCUUUAUUAUAUUCCGCCCUUGGAUCGGAUGAAAGAGGCUCUGAAUCAAAGCAGCAGAUGCCCGAGAUUGAGGACAGGAUUCUGGAGAUAUGGUUCAGCACACCAAGACAAAGAUAUACUUUAAAAGGUCAUCCACCAGCCGAAGAACGCUGACUUGAUCCAGUCCUUGGGCGUCAGAGGUUGAGAAUAUUCCUGGGACCGGGAGCAUAUAUAAACUUAUCGUGUUGAGUUAAAGUUUUUUCUGAGGAAACAAAUUGAUGAAUUGAUUGAUCAUUUUUGUUUGGGAAUUGUUUGGUUGAUUUGUUGCAAGAAACAAAAUGCUAUUGAUUGUGCAGUUUUUUAAGAAGUUGGGAAUUAUAUUUUUUCUCUCUUAUCAUUAGGUAAUUUUAGUUUGUUUUAUGGCAUAAACAAAAUAUAAUUGGUUGUCAUUCCUAUAGGUUCUGAUGAUUUUGAAAUGCAGA